CAAAAACAGCGUAUGGGUUCUCAUUUGUGUGCGAGAUAUUUCUCAAAGGCAUAAAAAUUUACAUUCAACAUACAACAACUUAUUCUAAGAAACAAAAGUAGAUUGUGUAUAAAUAAAAGAUUUACAAAAUGUUUGAGGCACGUUUAAUGAACGCUACUAUCCUAAAAAAAAUCUUAGAUGCCGUCAAAGAUCUGUUGAACGAAGGAACGUUUGAUUGCAGCGACUCGGGAAUUCAAUUGCAAGCUAUGGAUAAUUCUCACGUUUCUUUGGUUUCAUUGACACUGCGCUCAGAUAGCUUUGACAAAUUCCGUUGCGAUCGUAAUCUUUCAAUGGGCAUGAAUUUGGGUACUAUGGCGAAAAUAUUAAAAUGUGCCAAUAAUGAUGAUACUGUUACUAUUAAAGCCCAGGAUAACGCUGACACUGUAACCUUUAUGUUUGAAUCGCAGAAUCACGAAAAAGUAUCAGAUUAUGAGAUGAAAUUAAUGAAUUUAGAUCAAGAGCAUUUGGGAAUACCGGAUACAGAUUACUCAUGCGUUGUACGAAUGCCUUCUAUGGAGUUUGCGCGAAUAUGUCGCGAUUUGGCACAAUUCAGCGAAAGUAUGGUUAUUUGUUGCACAAAGGAAGGCGUUAAAUUCUCUGCUUCUGGGGAUUUGGGAUCGGCAAACGUUAAAUUGGCUCAAACUUCAAAUGUUGAUAAGGAAGAAGAAGCGGUAAUAAUUGAAAUGCAAGAGCCGGUUACGUUAACCUUCGCAUGCCGCUAUCUAAAUGCUUUCACUAAGGCAACACCACUCUGUAAUCAAGUCCAAUUAUCUAUGUCCGCCGAUGUACCGCUGGUAGUGGAAUAUCGCAUAUCCGAUUUGGGACAUAUACGUUAUUAUUUGGCUCCGAAAAUUGAAGAAGAUGAAAGUUAAAACGUGCUUAGAAUGCGUUUUUUCUACUAUUUCAAUACUUCUAUAGGUUUUUUUUAGAAGACUCUUUGCUCUUGAUGUAAUGUAAGCGUAAUUUCUUGUAUUCUUUUUUCUACGGGAAUAUAUUUUUAAAAGAAAUGUUCUUAAUUUAAAUAAAGAAAAAUCAAAUUUAAAAGUGAUAUUUGGCUAAUCUAAGUCUUUCGAAU